GGUGAGGGCUCCUAGACUUUCGCUUUCGCUUCCAUUGCUAGUGGGCUGGAGUUGGGGGCUCCUGGACACGGUUUUGGCUUUACACCCCCUUUCCAGCAAGUUUCCAGUGGGAAUCUGUUCCUUUUCAGGACAGCUCUGACACACCUGGAGCAGCUAAGAAGAGAUCACAGACGAAUCCUCAAAGUAAAGAUCAUGACUUGUCACCUGUGAGGAACACUAUUCAACUCCCAACUCAACCUUUGAAUUCAUUGGAGUGGGAUAGACUUAAGGCAGAUUACAAAGGAAAGACUCGUUUUGAAAGUUGGAUCAGUUCACAGAUGGCUCACUAUCAUAGCCCUGUAGAUGUGGCUAAAUCUCUGCUGGCAUGGGUAGCAGCAAAAAAUAAUGGUAUUGUAGACUAUGAUUUACUGGUCAGGUAUUUGCAUCUCUGUGUCGUUCAUAAGCAGACAUCUGAAGUUAUUGAUGUUUAUGAAAUUAUGAAAGCCAGAUACAAGAUUUUAGACUCUGGAGGUUACACUCUUCUCAUCCGGGGAUUGAUCCAGUCAGACAGAUGGAGAGAAGCAUUUUUGCUGUUAGAGGACCUGAAAAAAGUUAUGACUCCUUCAAAGAAGAACUAUGAUGACUGUAUCCAGGGAGCUCUCCUUCAUCAAGAUGUAAACACAGCUUGGAAUUUGUAUCAGGAAUUGCUAGGUCAUGAUAUUAUUCCUAUGUUGGAAACUUUAAAAGCCUUUUUUGACUUUGGAAAAGACAUAAAGGAUGAUAACUAUUCAAAUAAACUACUAGAUAUUCUUUUGUAUCUAAGAAAUAAUCAUCUGUAUCCAGGGGAAUCAUUUGCACACAGUAUAAAAACAUGGUUUGAAAGUGUUCCUGGAGAACAAUGGAAAGGACAAUUCACCACAAUCCAAAAAAGUGGUCAGUGUUCGGGCUGUGGACAAAACAUAGAGUCUAUUCAGCUGAGUCCAGAAGAUUAUGAAUUUCUUAAAGGAAGAAUCAUGAGGGAUGUGAUAGAUGGAGGUGACCAGUACAAAAAGACAACACCUCAGGAACUUAACAGAUUUGAGAACUUUGUAAAAUCUUGUCCUCCUUUUGAUAUUGUCAUUGAUGGCCUCAAUGUUGCCAAAAUGUUUCCUAAAGCUCGUGAAUCUCAACUUUUGUUGAAUGUCGUCUCUCAACUAGCCAAACAGAAUCUGCGCCUGCUGGUCCUAGGACGGAAGCAUAUGUUAAGAAAGAGUUCCCAGUGGAGAAAGGAUGAGAUGGAAGAGGUACAAAAGCAAGCCCGCUGUUUUUUUGCUGAUAACAUCUCAAAGGAUGAUCCAUUCCUUCUGUAUGCCACACUGCACUCUGGAAAUCACUGCAAGUUUAUCACAAAAGACCUGAUGCGGGACCACAAGGCCUGUCUGCCUGAUGCCAAGACCCAACGCCUGUUUUUUAAGUGGCAGCAGGGACAUCAGCUGGCAAUUAUAAAUGGGUUUCCAGGAUCAAAACUAACCUUUCAGCGUAUUCUCAGCUAUGACACAGUGGUGCAAACAACUGGAGACUCGUGGCACAUACCAUAUGAUGAAGACCUGGUAGAAAGAUAUUCCUAUGAAGUACCAACCAAAUGGCUUUGCCUCCACCGAAAGACAUAAAGACUCUUACCUCUGCUGAGUUUGUGUUUGGGUACCCUCUUGGCUGGCGUAAGAGGCUCUUGAGUUGAUGUUUGUUUAGGGCAUUGCCUCUGUCCUGAAGAUAAAAGGAUUCUAUUAACAGUGAUGAAGUUGGUUUUAUAAUGAAAUGAGAUGUAAUAUGUUUUCAUAAUCAGCUGUAUUUUUUUCCCUAACAUUUCUUUUUGGAAGCUUAUCUAGAGUUGGAGAACUCGGUGCAGAGUGAAUCCUCCAUUUCUCCUACUAGGCCAGCUAUUCACAAGUAGUGCUUUUGGUAUCCAUUUUGCUACUUCUGACCUUGCCUUCCAGGCCUACCGAUAGCGGAACCAAUCCAUCUGUCCCUGGGCUACUCAUGUUUCAAAUCCCUUCUCCCAUUUCUGACAUAGUCUCAUUUUCUGUAUGUUAUGCUCUAUUCACAUGGAAUCAUUUAUGGUCCUCUGUAAUUAAACUGGCCAAGAUACUAAAGGCUUACUAUUAA